AUGGAAACGGACCUCCAAAUCGAAUCCUUGGCUUUCCACGACAAAUUAAACCUCCACAACUCUGAACAACAUCAACUGGAUGAAGAAAAUGAAGAUGAUGAAGAUUUCUCCUUUGUGUGCGCCAAUCCUGAUGCUUCCUCCCCAAUCAGCGCCGACGAUGCCUUCUAUAACGGCCAGAUCCGUCCCGUUUACCCACUCUUCAAUCGGGACCUCCUCUUUGUAGACGAAACGCUUCCACCGCCCUUGAGGAAGGUGUUCCUGGAAAAGCCUGAUACUGAUCUCGCACCCAUAUCGGAGUCGGAGGGAGCUAUUGAGGGCACCUACUGCGAGUGGUCUCCGGCUACGGCAGAGCUCGGGAAGAAGAGCAACUCCACUGGCUUCUCCAAGCUUUGGAGAUUCCGGGACUUUAUGACGGUGCACCGAAGCAGCAGUGAUGGCAAAAACGCCUUCGUUUUCUUGAACAAUAAUCAUCCCUCCUCCUCUACCUCUAGUUCCAGUUCCCCCAAUUCUUCCUCCAAAAACAACAGCCCCCACAAGCAGCUUCAACAACCUCAAACAUCAUCCUCUCCCCAUCGGACUCACUACGUUAAUGGCAGAGCCCAGAAGAAGCAAGUCCACAAACACAAGUCCUAUCUCCCCUACCGCCAGGAUUUGGUUGGCUUCUUCACCACCGUCAAUGGAUUCACCAAAAAUGUUCAUCCUUUCUAA